UUUAAACACCUGCCUGUUUCUGGGUCCUGCAAACCCAACAUGCGCCCAAGCAACUAACCUGAAAAAUGCACGUGUGCUAUUUGUAGCAUUGCAUUGGUUUUGUUUCCGUUAAAAUAGCAGUAUUAUACGAAUCUCUAGCAAGAACAAACUGGUAAAAGUAAAAUUUCUAGUCAAUACAAAAAAUUACCAAAAAUGCCUUCAAACAAUACCAAAGUAGUGAAAUCACCAACAGAAAACAUGCUCCUAUCACCCGCCGAAACCCCAUCUCAGGUGGUGCCAGAAAAAGUCAAAAUGAAGAAGCAGUUAGGCUUGCUUGAAGGAGUCGCGAUUAUUUUGGGGAUCAUAUUUGGGUCAGGGAUUUUUAUUUCGCCAAAGGGGAUAAUCCAGGAAGUAAAUUCAGUCGGAUUCUCGCUAGUUGUGUGGGUUCUUUGUGGAUUAUUAUCAAUGAUUGGGGCCCUGUGUUAUGCCGAGUUGGGCACAACUAUACCCAAAUCAGGGGGCGACUAUGCCUACAUCUAUGAGGCUUUCGGCCCCUUACCUUCAUUUUUGUAUUUGUGGGCGGCAAACUUAAUUUUUGUACCCACAACUAACGCAAUCAUGGGCCUCACGUUUGCCAAAUACGUGAUUCAACCUUUCUUCCGCUCGUGCGAUUUACCAGAGGAUGGAGCCACAGUUGUGGCCGCUUGUACAAUUUGCUUCCUUACUUUUUUGAACGGUUAUAACGUGAAAGCCACCACGAGGGUGCAAAAUGUGUUCAUGUUUUGCAAAAUUGGGGCGCUUGUACUUGUCAUUAUUAUUGGGGUCGUGUGGAUGGGCUUUGGACACGUGGAGAAUUUUCAGAGGCCCUUUGAGGGAACGACUACCAACGUGGGCAAAAUGUCCAAAGCUUUCUACUCGGGAAUUUUCUCAUACUCGGGCUGGAAUUAUUUGAAUUUUAUGACGGAGGAACUGAAGAAUCCUUACGUUAAUCUUCCACGAGCAAUUUAUCUUUCAAUACCUCUAGUUACACUGAUUUAUGUUUUGGCAAACAUGGCCUAUUUGUCAGUCCUAACACCGGACGCUAUGAUAUCUUCAGAUGCCAUAGCUGUGACUUUUGGUAACAAUGUGUUGGGGAGCUGGGCUUGGAUUAUCCCAGUGAUGGUCGCGAUCUCGGCCUUUGGAGGCCUCAGUGUUCACAUCAUGACAUCCUCACGCAUGUUGUAUGUGGGUGCCAGAAAUGGCCACUUUCCCACAAUGCUCUCUCAUUUGAACAUUCAAAAGUGUUCACCAAUGCCUUCGCUCGCAUUUCUUAACAUCCUUUCUCUCUUCAUGCUGUGCACUAACGACAUCCAUACACUUAUCACGUACUGCACUAUUGUGGAAUCAUUUUUCGUCAUGUUGUCCGUGUCGGGACUUUUGUACUUGAGGUGGAAGAAACCAGAAAUCGCAAGACCAAUCAAAGUCAAUAUCGUAGUUCCAAUUAUCUUCGUCUUAAUUUGUCUGUUUCUUAUCAUUUUACCGUGUUUUGAAGCUCCCUAUGAGGUGUUAGGGGGCGUGUUAAUCACCUUGUCGGGAGUACCUGUUUAUUUUAGGGCCGUCAGACAAAAUAAGCCUUUAUUACCGCAAAGCUUCAUGGCCAAAAUGACUGAAAUAUGUCAAAAAAUAUUUAUUUCUGCUCAUGAGGAUGAAGACGUGGAGGAGUAAUUUUUGUAUUGUUUAGGUAGUUUCGUUAAAAAAAAAAACAUGAUUGGAUUUGGAUCUCUUUAUUUGUUUUGUAUGUAUUUUGGACACUGUGAUUUUUACUUCAAUAAAAUUGAGACUUUUUGUUUUGUGAAUAAAUUUUACAAGGAAUGUA